GAUGAUGGACAUGAUGUGUGUGAAGGUGCAGGACCACCUGAACUCUCUGAGGUUCACUGAGACCAGCUCUGUGCAGGAGGACAUGAAGGUCGCAGAAAACUUCAUGAAAGACGCCAGAAACUCCAAAACACUGCUCCCUAACCUGUACCACCUGCAGAGCGGCGGCUCCAGUGGAGCGUGCGUCGGCGCCAUUCAGGACAAACUGGAGUCGAUGGCGGGAGAGGUGGCGAGCGUGAUGGAGGAGCAGCUGCAG